GAGCUUAGCUGACGUCUCCCCUCCAGCUAUAAAUGAUUCCCCUCCCCGGCUCCCCCUCUCAACUCUCCAUUUUAAAUUGUUGCCAUUUCUAUUCAAAUCGAUGCAGUGCCAGUGAGGAGCGAUAGAGUCCAACUAUUUAAUAAAAAGGGUAAAAAGAAAAGGAACCCGCAUCAACUCACCGGCCGUCGCCAUCCUCCGACGCCCGCCACAGUGGAAGACUGCAUUCCAUCUCCCCAUCGAGCAGCUCACAGCGGCAGCCGCGAUCCGGUCCUUCCUCGCUUUCGGAACUCGCCCCGCCCUUCGCUAGCGGACGGUGACAUUCAUCAGUCUGAGGAACGGGAGAUCUGGAGGUCGAUGGCGAGGACGAGAAUUCCCCUUUUGACGAGCCAGAUCGAUUUCUCCAGUUCUCGAUUCGAUGUGGCGGGAGGAGUUUGAGGAGAUCUGAUUAUAUGAUCUAUGCGUCAGAGCAUUUCGAGCUUGAGCUGGGAUUAGAUUUGUGUAGUUGAUUUCUGAGCAAGUUUCUCCACCGUCCCAUUGGGGAUUGGAUCCAUGGAGUCGAGAAUGGAUAAGUAUGAGAUAAUGGAACAGAUUGGCCGCGGAGCCUUCGGAGCUGCGAUUCUUGUGAAUCAUAGGCAAGAAAAACAGAAAUAUGUUCUAAAGAAAAUUCGACUAGCGAGACAGACUGAACGUUGCCGGCGAUCUGCUCACCAGGAGAUGGCUCUUAUAGCACGUAUCCAGCAUCCUUACAUAGUUGAGUUCAAGGAAGCCUGGGUAGAGAAGGGUUGCUAUGUUUGUAUUGUCACUGGAUACUGUGAGGGAGGAGACAUGGCUGAGCUGAUGAAACGAUCAAAUGGAACAUAUUUUCCUGAGGAGAAAUUGCUGAAGUGGUUUGUCCAACUCCUGUUAGCUGUUGAAUACUUGCAUUCAAACUUUGUUUUGCAUCGAGACCUCAAGUGCUCAAAUACAUUUCUCACCAAGGAUCAAGAUGUUCGCCUUGGAGAUUUUGGGCUAGCUAAAACUCUAAAAGCUGAUGAUUUGGCUUCUUCUGUUGUUGGAACUCCCAAUUAUAUGUGUCCAGAGCUCCUUACAGACAUUCCUUAUGGAUUUAAGUCGGAUAUCUGGUCCUUGGGUUGUUGUGUAUAUGAGAUGGCUGCUCAUCGACCUGCAUUUAAAGCUUUUGAUAUGGCUGGUUUGAUAAGCAAGAUUAAUCGGUCAUCAAUAGGUCCAGUUCCUACUUGUUAUUCUUCUUCGCUAAAAGUUAUUAUCAAAAGCAUGUUGAGGAAGAAUCCAGAAAAUCGGCCAACUGCAUCUGAAAUUCUACAACACCCUUAUUUACAACCAUAUGUCAACCAAUACCGGCCAUGUACUGUUCCUCAAACUGCAUGCCGGUCGCGUGAGAAGCCCAUGUCAACAUCGCAUAGCACUCAGAAUAUGUCUGAAAGCCAAAGCAGUAGUUUUUCAAGCAGUGACAAAGACAGUUUGCACUCGGGGGAUAUCAAUAUUCCAGGUCAAAAGGUUAACUGCCAUCAAAACGAAGUUGGAAGGGAUAAUGGUUCAACUGAUGAAAUAGGUUCUAACACGUUCAUUCCCCUUGAUUCAUUACAUAGGAAUGCCCCCAAAGCUGUACUAGAGAGGAAAGAUUCGUCAAAGUUAAUACAUGUUGAUCACCAGCCCAAAGUUGUGGCUAAGCAGUCAAAACCUGUGAAUAGCAUACUGACAGUGCUAAAAGGGAAAGGGGAAGGGGAAGGGGAAGGGAAAGUUAGAGAAAAUAGAUCCCCUAUGAGAGCAACACGUGUUAAAAUUGGUGCUUCAGAUCACAAGACUAACCCAGAACCCAUACCUAAGCUAUCCAUGCCUGUAAGUAGCAGUUCAACUUCACAGUGCAAUUCAGAAGGCCAAGCUGAUUUGCCUACGAAAAUCAUUGAUGAUUCUGCACAAGAUCCUUCCAACCGUAAAACUGACGUAGAUGGAUCAGACAGGGUAUCUGAACCUGUUAGUGGCCAUCCAACUUCAAAAUCUAAUGUGGGACAACCUGAUGAACCAGCCAAAAGUAAUGGUGAUUCAGUAAAAGGAGCCCAGAAUUCACACAAGUUUAAGCAGCAGCUCCCGAAACUUGAAUCUACUCCAAAGAUCAAGGCCCAAAUUGAUGGUGUUUCACCACGAGUUCCUGUCAAACAAAUAUCAGAAGAUAAAAUUCCUUCCAAGACAAGGCAAAGAACGACUCCGCCUUCCUUUGCGGCGAAAAAGCAUAUCCUUCAUUCCAAGAAACUUGAUGUUGCUAACAAUCAUUGUUCAGUUGAAACUAGUGGGAUCAAAAGUGCUCCUACAAAAGUAAAUCAGGGCACUGAUAUUUGUCCAAAGGAGGAUAGAUGUUUCUCUAAGCAACUUGACAGCCAAAAUGAGGAUGGUUGUCUAGUUUCUUCAAGUGCAAUUGCGAUCAAUUUGGGUAAAUCAAGUUCUCCACCCGUUCCAAGUCAAGAAUCUCGAGUAGAAGUUGAUAAGGUGCAGAAUGAAUUGUUUCCUUCAUGUGCUUCACCCGCUCCUAGUCUACAUUCUCUCGAUACAAUAUUCGAGGACCAGAAGCGGUAUUCCCAGGAUAAAACACCAGAUUUUUCUGUGGAUAUGUUUCUGCCUGAAAUUUCUGAAUCAGAUAGGCCAGCGUCGUCAUUAUCUUCAUGUACAAAUAUGAGACUUGAUUAUUCGUCAGCCGAUAGUCCUGGGCAUGAUGGCAAGCCUACUUUAAAUUUCGAAGUCAGUGCAGAGGACAUGCAGAACAGCACGUCAAGCAAUGACAUAAUGAGUUCAAGUUCAUUACUGGAGCAAACGUUUUCCAUCUCUGAACAAGAUGUUGUCUACAAAGAUGAUGUUUCGUUAAUUAAACCGGAGCAAAAUCAAACUGUCAAGCGAACUGGGGUCGACAAGUUUACAGUUAGAGAGCUCCUUUCUACGAUGACAGAUAUCGUGCCAUUUGUUUCAGCAGCCCCUAAGAGCUCUCCUGUGGAAAUUACUCGAUCAGCCCCUGCCCCUAUUAAUCAAACACUGGAAAAACCAACUGCACCUCACCUAACCCCAGUAUUUGAUGAAGUUAUUCAUGUCAUUAGACACAGCAGCUAUCGAGUUGGUGGUGAUCAACCUAUCUUAGAUAACAAGGAGAAGAAUGCACAGAACAUCGACAUGGGAAAGCUAAUUAGCGUUGUCCAAGAAGAGGCUGAUACGAGGAGCAUCGCAACUGCCCUGAACCCUUCUGGAUUUGUCGAAGCCAUGACUCUUAAAGCAAAUGCUUCAGAGAGCCGCAUGAAGGAGAGGGGGAUCAACUCACAAACAGCAAAAUCAAGUUGUACAGAGGACCAAUCCGCUUCAUCUGAACACAGCCAUGCGCCCAAGGAAGAGGAGGCUCCAUCUAAGGAAACGCUGGACGUGAACUCCUUCAGACAGAGAGCAGAAGCUCUCGAAGGAUUAUUAGAACUAUCCGCGGAUCUUCUGCAGUACAAUAGACUGGAAGAGCUUGCUGUCGUCUUAAAGCCAUUUGGGAAGGACAAGGUUUCCCCUCGGGAAACUGCAAUUUGGUUGGCCAAGAGCUUCAAGGGGAUGAUGAUCGAGGAUGCUGCCAACCGAACAUCAUGAUGAAGAUUCUAACAAGACGCUUCUCCUUGGGUUUGUUAUACCAAACAUUGAUUGGUUCCCUAUCCAUUGUUUUUCCUUUACAUUCUUUGUUAGAAUCGUGUGUACAUACUGUGUGAUAUAUAUCAAUGCCAGCAUAAUACCUUAUCAUU